ACUUGAGUGAAUAGGUAUCACAUUUAUUAUUACAUAGUAAAAAUAAACACAAAUACCUAUACAUAAAAUAGCUAUGUACAAAAUCGGAACGCUUUGCGCAAUCACUCCCCGCCCCACAGCCGUUGUGCUACCACCCCGUCACAACUUCUACAGCAGUUCGGGGAAUCCUAAUCCAACCUUAAAGUCGUCCACGGAAGUGAAUCGUUCAUUUCAAUGUGAACAAACUCUCGCAGUACGACGAUCCACAUGAGUAGAUACAUUAUCAAUAAAUGUGUACUUACUUACUCCUCGCAAAUUCAUAAAUAAAACAUAUGCGUCUAGACAAUGUAUUAAAAAAUGUAUAAACAAUAAUAACAGAACGUUGUUCUGAAUCACAUCGCUGAAAAAAAACAUUUUCCGUUAAGUUUGUGCAUGCAUCAAAAAGCACGUGGUAUUAUCGGUUUUCCCGCCAACACGCACCAAACGAACUUUGUCUCCAAAAUAACGAAAAUGAAAUCGUCAAACUUAUUAAACAAAGUGCGCCACUGAUUUAACCGAAAAGCUAGAAUGUCAUCUCCUAAACCGCUCGGUGGUCAUCAACAGGAGCACAUCAAGAGACCGAUGAAUGCGUUCAUGGUUUGGUCGAGAGGACAGCGGAGGAAAAUGGCACAGGAAAAUCCGAAGAUGCACAACUCGGAAAUAUCGAAACGUCUGGGAGCCGAGUGGAAAUUGCUUAGUGAAUCGGAAAAGAGGCCGUUUAUUGACGAGGCGAAAAGAUUAAGAGCCCUUCAUAUGAAGGAGCAUCCAGACUACAAAUAUCGUCCACGACGGAAACCGAAAUCGAUAAUAAAAAAGGAACCUAAAUUCGGUUUUCCCAUUUCACCCUUGCUUCCUUCAGCAGUUGAUCAGGGUAUUCACAGAUCAAUGUUACCAGCCAUAUCUUGUUCGUCGGGCUUACCGCCUCUACUAAAUCCUGAUCCUGACCAUUUAAAAUUGUCGAGAUCCUUAUUCCCACCUUUGCCAUAUUUGUACCCGUUUCGACAUCCCGAUGAAUCUAAGUUUGCGGCAGAACUUGCACUUCUUUACAACAACAGCCACUUUUGUCCACCUACCAUCACGUGGCCACUAGGAAGUUUAGCAACCAGUGCCAGCAGUACGUGCAAUAUAUGCCCUCCAACUUUCACAAGAAGAUCCCCAAGUCCAUCAGAGGCUAUAAAGAGGCCGGUAUGUGUUAUAAUGAAAAAUGAGGACGUCCGGACGGAAUCAGCGCCACCUAUACCUACACACGUCAUAUGAAAACCGCUUCCGGUUCUUCCCGAGAGGAUGAACCUUCCAUGGUGGAACGCGCAUACUGUCGUACCUACUGCUGGUACCGCUACUUCAUCAUCUUCGUCAGUGAUACUUAACGAUAAUGACAAUGAUAAUGAAUAAAAUGCAAGUCUUAAAAAAGACCGUUAAAUUAUUGUAAAAUAUGUAAAUUAAUCUUGAAAAUGGAUCUUAAAUGAAAACGUUGCAUUGUUGUAGUUUCGUCCGUGUUAUUAAAAGACGGUGAUAUCUUAUACAGCAUUUACUGAUCCAAACGUCUAUCACAAAUAAUAAUAUAAACGCAUCUUUAGAAUCUAUUAGCAACAUUCUAUUGAAAUUAUUCUGCAAAUGGUGAAUACUGUCAACAAUCUAGAACAAUAAGUAAAUGGAAUUCCUACUUUACUCUACAAAAAAGCAAACACAAUAUUAAUCAACGUUAAAAAAAACUCAAAUAAGAAAUGGUCAAAUUUACAAUAUCGCUCUCUGGUUUACACUACACGUUUGUAAAAAUAAACAAUGAAUCUUUUGUUAAUGAGAAAAGUUGAUGGUAAUGUAGCGAAUGUCAUAUAGAAGAAACCAAUCCUUUCACAUAGUAAUCAUUUCAAAGGCGAUUAUUGCAACUUUUUAAGCGUUUUUCCUUUGAAUCAUUCUUAUAUUCCAUGACAAAAUGAAUCCUAACAGCAAAAUUAUUAUUUAAUGUUUAUGAUAACGUGCAAUAAUGUGUAUUGUUUUUACUACUGAGAAUUUAUAAAUCGUUCAUUCUCAUGUAGAAAUUGUUAAAACAGAUUCAUUAGUUUUAGUCGAUAUUACCUAAACUUGAUUAUCAUUAACAAUGUUUGUAAACAACCUUUUUUACAUUGCAGAUUUUGUUACGUGGGUGGCUUUUAAU